AUGCCCCUCCCUGCCUCCUGGCCCCACCCUCCUCAUCCUUUGCUGCUGCUGAUUCUACUACUGGGACUCCCAGGGGUGGGAGGAGAGGAGCUGCAGGUGAUUCAGCCUGACAGGUCAGUGUCUGUCACUGCUGGAGAAACGGCCACUCUGCGCUGCACCAUGACCUCCCCAGUCCCCGUGGGGCCCAUCAAUUGGUUCAAGGGGACUGGGCGAGAUAGAGAAUUGAUCUACAGUCAAAAAGUCCACUCCUCCCGGGUAACAAGUAUCAUAGAUGUUACAAAGAGAGACAACAUGGACUUUUCCAUCCGCAUCAGUAACAUCACCCCAGCAGACGCCGGCACCUACUACUGUGUGAAGUUCCGGAGAGCAACUCCUGAAAACGUGGAGCUCAAGUCUGGACCAGGCACUGAGGUGUCUGUGAGUGCCAAACCCUCUGUCCCCAUGGUUUUGGGUCCUCCAGCAAGGGCCACAGCUAAGCAGACAGUCACCUUCACCUGCGAAUCCCAUGGCUUCUCUCCCCGAAACAUCACCCUGAAGUGGUUCAAAAAUGGGAAUGAGCUCUCAAACAUCCAGACCACCGUGGACCCCGCAAGAGAAAAGGCCUCCUACAGUGUACACAGCACCGCCAGGGUGGCGCUGGACCCUGGAGACGUCCACUCUCAGGUCAUCUGUGAGGUGACCCAUGUCACCUUGGAGAAGAUCCCUCUCCGUGGGACUGCCAACUUGUCUGACACCAUCCGAGUUCCACCCAUCUUGAAGGUUACCCAACAGCCCAUGAUGGCAGGGGACCAGGUGAUUGUCACCUGCCAGGUGAAGAGGUUCUACCCUGGGAAACUACAGCUGACCUGGUUGGAGAAUGGAAAUGUCUCCCUAACAGAAACAGCCUCAACCUCCAUAAAGAACAAGGAUGGGACCUACAACUGGAUCAGCUGGCUCCUGGUGACCUCCUCUGCCCACAGAGACAACGUGGUGCUCACCUGCCAGGUGGAGCAUGACGGGCAGCCUCCAAUCAGCAGAAGCCAUGCCCUGGAUUUCUUUGUGAGACCAAAGGAGCAGGGCACAGACACCAUCCCUGGUGAGCUUCUGGCAUCCCUUGACCCAGCACUGGUAGCCUUCCUCCUGGGCCCCAAGAUGCUGCUGAUGGUUGGUGUGGCUGCUAUCUAUGUCCACAGGAAGCAGAAGGCCUGA